UGGUUUGCGUGUGGUUUGUUUCUCCUAUUCUCCUUCUCCUAAGUUCGCUGAAAAUGGCGGAAGCCACAGGUGCGGCAAGUGUUAAUCCGAAUGCCGAGAUUGUGAGGGGCCAGGUUUUUGAGGUAGGGCCCCGUUACACCAAUUUAGCUUACAUCGGAGAAGGAGCUUAUGGAAUGGUUGUCUCUGCUAUGGAUCAAGUAACUAAAACCAAAGUGGCAAUAAAGAAGAUAUCUCCAUUUGAGCAUCAGACUUAUUGUCAAAGGACUCUCAGGGAAAUCAAAAUACUCACCAGGUUUAAGCAUGAAAAUGUAAGUAAGCAUGAAAAUAUAAUCGAUAUUAGAGAUAUACUUCGUGCGGCUACUAUAGACCAAAUGAAAGAUGUAUACAUUGUACAAUGUUUAAUGGAGACUGACUUGUAUAAACUCCUCAAAACCCAGAGACUGAGUAACGAUCACAUAUGUUACUUCCUUUAUCAAAUUCUCAGAGGAUUGAAAUAUAUACAUUCGGCAAAUGUACUUCAUAGAGAUUUAAAACCGAGUAAUCUACUGCUAAAUACUACCUGCGACCUCAAAAUUUGUGAUUUUGGAUUAGCAAGGGUUGCAGACCCAGAACAUGAUCAUACUGGGUUUUUAACGGAAUACGUAGCUACAAGAUGGUAUAGGGCGCCAGAAAUUAUGUUAAAUUCCAAGGGUUACACCAAAUCGAUUGAUAUCUGGUCAGUAGGGUGUAUUCUAGCUGAGAUGUUAGCGAAUAGGCCGAUAUUUCCCGGUAAACAUUACUUAGAUCAAUUAAAUCAUAUUCUUGGAGUCCUAGGAUCUCCGUCCCAAGAAGAUCUCGAUUGUAUUAUUAAUGAAAAGGCAAGGAGUUAUUUACAAUCUCUACCUUAUAAACCAAAAGUUCCCUGGACGAAAUUAUAUCCUAAUGCUGAUCCAAAAGCUCUCGAUCUCCUAGACAAAAUGUUGACGUUUAACCCUCACAAACGAAUAGUCGUCGAAGAAGCCCUCGCACAUCCAUAUCUCGAACAGUAUUAUGAUCCAGCGGAUGAGCCUGUAGCAGAAACGCCUUUUAGAUUCGAUACCGAAUUGGAUGAUUUGCCAAAAGACCAUCUGAAAAGAUUAAUAUUUGAAGAGACUUUACUUUACAAACAACAACAAUCGGAUCCAAACAAUAGAUCAUAGUUAUUUGAAAUAUGUGUAUAAAAAAGAAUUUCCUAUUUAAUAAUUUUGUUAACUUCCCUAAAAGCGAAGGUGGACAUUUUAAUAAAAAAAAGAUAUUUUAAAAGUAUUGGAACUUUUUAGUAUUUUAUGUUUCAGAAGAUUUGUUGUGGAGGUGGAAGAGCAGUGGAUUAUAUUUUAUUAUAAAAUUUAUUUUAUCAAAACUUUUUAAAAUAUUUUUUUAUUUUUUUUGUUACCAAAAGUCUUUUUAUUUUAAUUACUUACUUUUUACAGAUUAAAUUAAUACAAAUCUUAUGAAACACAAAUUUUAAAUAAAUUCGUUUACCGAAUUAGUUUUAUUUGCUCUUUAGCUGAUAAAAUGUCUCCUGUUUCAAUGUUUAAUAAUUUAAACUACGAUUCCAAAUAAUAAUUGUUUUUAUUUUUAUUCCAAAUUAUUUAUAAAAUUAUAUAUAUAUUGAUUUAUUACUUUUUUAAUAAGUUGUUAUGAAUAUUUUUUUAAAUCUAUAUAAGUACUAGGCUGGAUCUGGAUCUUUUUUAUUUAAAAAAAUUGACUGACAUUAUUGAAAAAGUUAAUAUUAAAUUUAAAUUUUAAAUAGAUCUUCUUGAACCAUUUUAUUUCGCGCAAAAUCCCCUGAUAAAAUAAUGUUUGGAUUUAAUAAAAAUUGGAGCUUAUUAUUUUAGGCUCAAUUAAAAAAAAUAGAUUAUUCAUAUAUAGUAGUUACAAAAUUUUUAGUUUUUCUGGAAUAACUUUCUGAUUCGUUGGAAAAUUCAGGAAACCAAAAAAUUUUUCGCAAUAAAAAAAAAGUUGGACCACAUUCCCGAAGGAAAAUUAAAAUUUUUUUGACAUGAUUUGGAAGAGAAUAUUUUAUAAUAGACAGGCAGAACAUACUUAGGUUCUUUUUAUUAUAAUCUAUAUAUAAUUUUUUUUUCAAUUCAAAAUAAUUUGUCUUUUCGAUUUUUUGUGAUUUGCUCUUAGAUUAUUAAAUCCCAAACAUACGAAUGAUCUUUUUUACUCAGUAAAGUAUAUCAGAAUCCAACGAGAGCAUGAAUGUGUUGAUAUUAAGGAAUAUUGAAAUAGGAAGAUUGGUGCAAAAUUGAUAUCAAGUGUAUAUUGAUUAGUUUUAUUAAUUAUAAGGUUUACAAUUGGCCAAAACCAAGGUGUAUGUGUUUGUGAUAAAACUUUUAUUUAUAAUAAUAUUUGAAUAGUGUUACUUUUACUUUUUAUAGUGUUCACAUUUUAAUUUCCAUUCUGAAUUUUUGCGUUUAACUAGAAACUGCAAUAGAAAUAAAAAUACAAAUGUAAAAAAUAUAUUUUUUAAUUAUUUCCUUCAUUUGUGAACGAUUGUUGACAAUAUUUGGUUCAGUAUUUAAUUUAAUUAUUGUGUAAGACAUAUUUUAAAUAUUAGAACGUUGAUUUGUAAUGUGCCUCAAUAAUGUGUUGCAAGAUUUAUAACACCUUUAUUAUUGUAGACGGAAUAAAUAUAUCUAAUAUCUAUUUUCAUUUAGAAUUUGAUACGGUUUAAUUUUUAUUUACUCAUUUGUUGGGUUUUCUACAAUGGACCCCCCACGUUGGGCGCCAAAAAUUUCACCAUACCAGAGCUGUAGCAACAAAAGCGCUCGCGACUAGCUAACAGACAGAGAAGGGGUGGUUUUGUAAAAAAAUAUUUAUUACCAAGGAUCACGGCUCUGAGUCAUAGAUUCGGUGUAGUGGUACAUUACAUUAAUUUUUGUGGAUCACUAUAACAUUCCAAUAAAUUACAGUAAUAAAUAAAGGUGCUAUUAGUAUUCGCCUUGCACAUUAAUGGACCACCUUGCAUUUUUGGAUCACAUUCUUUGUUGUUAUUUUACUGGGAAACUGUAACUUUUUUUUUAUAAUGCCAUGGACUAUUUAAACUUUUGUCAACA